AUGGAUAGAUGUCUCUACUCCUAAGAUUACUCCUAUAUUAUAGCAUCAUUUAAAGACAACUUAGCUAUUGCAGUGAUUGAUCCUGAUACUGGCCUGCUGCUCAAAGCAUUUUACUUCUAAGAUUUAUCUUUUAUUGGUUUGAUAGUUCAAGUGCUAGUUGCUCUGGAAAUGGAUUCAAGUUCCAAUAUUUAUGGGUUACUUUAUGAUGAUACCUCAGCAAUUUUCUACAUUUUCAAAUUCGAUCCUAUUCUGAGCUCAUCAUCUACUGCUCUUAUAAAUCUUCAAUAUUCUGAGGCUUAUGUUUAUGGAUUUGUUGUAUUUUGCAAGCAAGUAUCAACCAAUUUCUAAUCUUAGUCAAUGAUAACUGCAUUCAGUGACCCUAAUGGAAUGCUAAUUUCAAAGUUUUCUCUAACAGAUGGAGUCAUGAAUUACUAUGUAUAGACCAAUUUCCCCUCCAGUUCUAAUUACUAUGUAUCUAAUUUAGAUUCAUUCAAAAUGUCUAAUGGACUAAAUUCUAUUUUUGGAUGCGUUUCUCUCCUUGGGGCAUCAGAAUCAGAUUUAGGAUUUUUCUUUUUGAAAGAAUCAGCCUCAAACUUAGCAGAUAUAGAGAAAUCGUGGUAUUUGAGUAAUCCCUUUUCUUCUUCUAGUGAUUGCCUAGGUUCUUUAUUCGAUUCAGCUAGUACUACUACAUAACUUAAGUCGAUACUUUACUGCUCUGCAUUUAUGAGUUAAGCUAGUUUUACAAUGAGUUUAAAUCUAAUGCAAAUUCAAGGUUCAAGUGACUCGUCCUAAAAUUUUCCACUACCACUAUUUAUUGAUCCAUCAUUAACAUCUGAUACAUCAGCUCAUGACAUAGCUGAGUCAGAUAUUGCUUCUUAUUCUUGUACUUAAUCUCAAGAUCCAAUACUUAUUCAAACUAUAAGUAACAACGACUACAACUACAAUUACUACUACCACUACCACUACUACUACGACAACUUCUACAACAACUUCAUCAACUACAACACCUCUUCCAGUUUCAACAACUACAACAACUACUACAACAACUACUACAACUCCUAUUCCAAGAAUAUAACUGUAUUCGCAGGCCAGCAAAAAUUGUAUUCUCUACCUCAAGCGAAAGAUGAUUAAAAUGAUCAAAUUAGUCUUAAAUUAAAUAGAAUAAGGAGUGGAGUUGAAAUGACAAUUCCUAGCUUUGUAAAAUUCAAUAAUGAGAAAUAAGUAACGAUAUCUCCAAAGGAUAAUAGUCAAUUGGGGAUAUAUUAAAUGCAGGUAACAAUUUCAGAUAAUCAACUCAAAUCCAUUUACUACUUCUUCAUAGUCAUACUUAAAAACAAUCUAAAUGAAAAUUCUCAAGAUAAAGAACUUUCUGCUUUUGUCAAGAAAAUAAGUUUAGAAGGAGAAGUAGAGAUAAAGUUUUCAAAGCCAAUUUAUACUCCCGUUAAUUAUACUAGCUUCAAUAAUACUUAAAUAAAAAUUGAGAUUUUAGAUGGUUCUUAAGUGGAUAAAUUGAGAUACUCUAUAGAUUUUGAUUGGAAAGUUGUAAAAAUACUUGAUUAAGCAAUGAUUAUUCAACUGAUAUUUUACUAAGGCACUGAGUAAAUCUCAGUAUUCCAGGAUAGAGAUAUUUUGAAAAUUACAUUCAUAGAAAAUGGGAAUUUCAUAGCGAAAAUGUCAUCUAAAUGCAUAGAAUAUAAAUAUUAAAUGAAAAAAGAGCUCCCUCCGCUUCUAAAUCCUCAGGAUUUUGACUAUGAAGCUUUGAGAGAAGCAGUCGAAGCAGCUUAAAAAGUACUAAAGUACAUGAUUGCUGCUCUGGAUAGAUUAUGGGGAAUUACAAAUGUCCUUUAACUAUAUUUUAUGACUCCCUUGCUAACCAUAAGUACUCCAGCCAACAUAAUCUUUGUAUACAGAAUUUUAGUAGAUGCUGUCAGCUUUGAUUUCAUCAACCUGAAUGACCAUUAUCAAUAGAUCUUUUAGCUUCAAGAUGAUUAUGGAUCCUAUUCACUAAACUUUGAAUAUCUUGGUUAUGAUUAAAGAAACUUUAUAUACUCAAUGGGGCCAUUAUUUGUGUUCAUGAUUAUAGCUAUAGUUUCUACAAUAAUAAUGAUAGUUUUAUGGACUAUAUUGAAAAGAAUACAGAUUCUUUGCUUAUGCGUUACUUAGAAAAUAUAAAAUAAACAAAGAAAAGAAGUUAAGGCAUUCUAUACAAUCAUUUUUAGAUGGAAUCUAAACGAAAAGCAAAUUUUCAAAGACUCUAUUUAUACCAAUAUUUCUAUUAAGGAGACUAGUAUCCAGUCCUUAAUAAUAAUCAACCUCCUAUAUCUAUGCUACAUUGUUUCAAUCAGACCAUUUAAACAGCCUCAAUCAAACAAUAUGGAGAUACUGAACGAGACUUCAUAUUUUUGCAUUUCAUCUUAUGCGCUUCCUAUUCUUACAGAUUUCUCAAACGAUUAAGCUCUCAAAAAUUAAACUGGAAUAUUAAUACUUUCACUUAUUGCUAUGAUUAUAGUUAUCAAUCUUUCAGUUAUAAUUCAUGAUACUUUUCAAUAACUUAAGAGGAAGUAUAAUAAAUUUGUCAGUAAAAAUAGAUUAAAACUUAGAAGGUUUGUGUAUGAAGUUACUAAAAAUGCUGAUGAAGAUAUGACUGGUUCUAACUUUAAUAAAGGUCAUUUGUAUAAUGAAGCAACUAAGCAUCCAUUAAAUUCAAUAAAAGAUAGUAUGUUCUAAAACUAACCCAAAACAUCUCAUAAAAAAAUUGUAAUUUCAGUUGAUCAGGUUACUGAAGGGAAUAAUUAAUAUCAUGACUAAAAUUAAAUCCAAUCCUAAGGAUCAUCAUCUCACAGAAGUCAUAAUAUUUAAACAUAAAGAGACUUUGAGGUCUACUCGCAUCAUAGUUCUCAUGUUGAGCAUGAAUUGAAUCCUAACAACCAAUCAUUUCACUCAAAUAAUCAUUUGGUCACUCAGAGAUCCAAUUAUUCUCAUAAUUCAUAUUAAUCUCAACAGAACCACACUAUAAAUAAAGAAUAUGAUGAUAUGCAUAGAAUGUCAAUGUAAGUUAUUUAAAAUAGCAGCAAACAUGAGAGUAAUACGUUGCAAGUCACUAACUUAAAUUAUUUAAUCGUAAAUGAUGAAAUCAAGUCUAAAAAUAAUAAUAUCCAUAACUACUAUUCUCCAUAAUUACCAAAGAGAGAAUCCCCAAUCAAGUCGAGGGUUGUAUCUAAUGCUUUUAAUAACUAUCUCAAUGAAUCAUAAAAUAUAGAGCACCUUAAUAGCUCCAACAGAAAUUUGAUGCUAGAUGACUCCUAGGAUUUCGAUAUGAAAUAAUUUAGAAGCUAAUCAAAUAACUUUGUAAAAAAUUAAGUAGAUCAGUCAGUAAAUUCAAGAAGACAUAAUCUUUUCAAUUUUUUUGGGAAAAAGCCUGAUGUAAGUCUAAUUAAUCCUGAACAGAAAUUAAAAUGA